UUUUCUUGUGUUAUCAGUAAAUACAUUUUUAACAAGGAGCGUCCAACACUCAGCAGCUGCUGAUAAGACUAGUGGCAACCGUGAUCAUCGCCGUUUUCUUCGGUAUUCAUCCGUAUCAUCAAUCGUCCAAUUUGCUUCUUAUCUGGCAUAAAAGUCUGCUCAUCGAAAGUUUUUUUUAUGACUCAUCGAUUAUUUUGAUUCGAUUGCUAACCCGCUCAGCGCAAGUGUUCGGAUCGGAGGGAGAAAGUGUCACUUUCUUACAAAAGCAAAAGGAAAGGAGUUCAUUUCAUAGGAGUGUUUUUGCAGCAACCAUAUGGCAAUGGAACCUGCUGCCGUGAAUUCUGCUGACUUGGCAUCGCUCAAGGAACGAAUGAAGCUUAUCGCCGAAGCGGACCCGAAACAGUAUCACAAUGAGUUUUCCCUCAAGCGCUACCUACGGGCGUUCAAAACGGUCGAUGCUGCCUUCCAGGCGAUCCUGAAGACAAACAAAUGGCGCGAGGAGUACGGUGUGGCGACGUUGGCGGACAGUCCUGCGAUCCUUACCAAUGCCAACAAGGCUCGUGUUCUGAAGCACCGGGAUUGUACCGGCCGCCCCGUCAUCUACAUUCCGGCCAAGAAUCACUCAUCCGAGCGGGACAUUGACGAGCUGACCAAGUUCAUUGUGCACUGCUUGGAGGAAGCGUGCAAGCGGUGUUUCGAGGAAGUGACCGAUAAUCUGUGCAUUGUGUUCGAUUUGGCUGGCUUCAGUACGGCCUGCAUGGACUAUCAGCUGAUUAAGAACCUGAUUUGGCUGCUCAGUAAGCACUUUCCGGAACGGCUGGGAGCGUGUCUGAUCCUCAAUGCACCGAUGGUAUUCAGCACCGUUUGGCCAGUGAUCAAGGGGUGGCUGGAUGAGAACACUUCCGGUAAGGUGGUUUUCGUGUCCAGCGAGGAUGAAUUGUGCAAGUAUUUGAUUCCGGAUAUUUUACCCACGGAUAUGUAAGACGGUGGCGGCGGAGAAACCAUUCCAUUUAGAAGCAUUCUCACCAUAUUUAGGAAAAGAAAAGCACGGUUCUUUUUUGUGGUAGGAGCUCAUUUCUAUACUUCAAUUACUAGAUAGUAGUUUUCCGCCGGUGGACGCAUAACUGUCCCGUGUUCUACGGGAUUCCCUACAUGCAUGGGACAGUUAUGCGUCCACCGGCAGUUUAGGAGAGAAGUAAAGAAUUAUAUUUUCUAUAGAGAUUCUGUAGAACAACUCUGCGAGCUAACAACCAAAACGUGGUGAAAUUAUACUUAAUCAAAAAAGAAUUCGUUACGUUCAAAGUAGGAAGUACAAUUAAUAAUGAAUUAAUACUAUUUACAAAAUGUC